AUGGAUACCUCAAAGGUCCCAGUCAAGCUCGUUAAGGUCACCCGCGUUUUGGGCCGUACCGGUUCCCGUGGAGGUGUUACUCAGGUCAGAGUUGAGUUCAUGGACGACACCACCCGCAGCAUUAUCCGCAACGUCAAGGGCCCAGUCCGUGAGGAUGAUAUCCUGUGCCUACUCGAGUCCGAGCGUGAGGCAAGAAGGUUGAGAUAA